CUGCUGUGCAUGACAAAAUUGAACAGUAUUUGAGUCUUGAUUGAAAUUCUAGCAUCAAAAAUGAGCACUUUAAUCCAAAACGUUGGCAGUAAUGAUAUCAGAAAAACAGCAGAAGUGCUGGAAAAACAUGAAUUCACCAUAGAAAAGGAACUUGGACGAGGGACUUCAAGACGAACAUUUCUGGUGAAAAACACAGAUGGAGAUCUUUUCGUGGUCAAAGAGGUCAACUACAGAGAUAAUGAGACUCUCAACAGAGUCAAAAAUGAAGUCAGCAUCCUGAACAAGCUUCGCCAUGGAUAUAUUGUGACUUAUGAGGACUCAUUUGAAGAAUCUGAAAAUUUUUACAUUGUUAUGGAGUACUGUGUCAAGGGAGAUCUCAGCAAAAUUAUGAAAGCGCAGAAAAAUGUAGGGAUGUUUGAAGAAAAACAGAUCCUUGACUGGCUGGUUCAGAUUUGUCUGGCUCUGCAGUAUAUCCAUGAGAACAAUGUUCUUCACAGAGAUGUAACGCCUCAGAAUGUUUUCCUCACUGAAGAUGGCUACAUCAACCUAGGAGAUUUUGGAUGUGCAAAAGCGCUAAGCAGUCCAGUCUGUCCAGAAGUUUAUCAACAGAGAUACAAUUCUAAAAGUGAUAUUUGGUCAUUUGGAUGGCUGCUCUAUUAUCUCUGCAUGCUGGAUGUGUGGUCAAACAAAACAGAGCGCCGUCGCCUACAUGACAACAGCAUGGCAGGAAACACCCCUGAAAUCUCAGAGAUGUACUCGUUGGAUCUACAGAUACUCAUCAAACAAAUGCUCAGCUGUGACCUUAAAGACAGACCUUCAGCUGAGGAGAUUCUAGCUGAACCAUUCCUGAAAGAGGCAGUAAAGAGAAACAAGAGAAUAUCAAUAGAGCUGGAACAAACGUUCAUCAGAGCUCUCAAUGCCUUCAAUAAGGCGUAUAAUGCACACUACAGAGAUUUUAAAGCUUUAGUUGAUGAGUGGGGGGAAACAACAGAUUCACUAGAAGAUAUGCAUUAUAGUACCACAGCAGGCAGUCUGACAGGAGCAGCGAUUGGGACAGCAGGAGGAAUCACUGCAGUGGUUGGUGCAAUUCUGGCACCUUUCACUUUCGGAGCGUCUCUGAUUGUAGCAGGAGUUGGUAUUGGAGUUGGAGUUGCAGGUGGAGUAACAGGAGCUGCUUCUAACAUUACCAAAACAGCAAGAGACAAAUCACUCCGCCAGAAGAUUGAAAAACUGAUGCAGGACUAUCAAAGUGUGAGCACACCAAUUCUUGACUCACUGAAAACAGUGAGGAGGGUAAUGAGAAAAAUCAUUAAGUUCCAAAGUUUUGUUUCAAGCUCAACUUUCAAUAAUGUGCAAAUGGGAUUGAGGUUAGGCAGGACCACAGUAGCUGGUGUCACAGAAUUCAUUACUCUUGGAAUGCUGGCAAGUUUCGGCAGGAUUGCUGUUCAGUCUGCCAAUAUAGGACGAGUAGUAGCAGCAGCUUCAGGUGUGUUAAGUGGAAUAUUAGUCAUUGUUGACGUCGUCUUCAUAGUGAAAGACUCCAGAGAGAUUCAUGAGAUGAGACAACACUGGAGAAAUGAUGAUCCUGAUAAGGUCACAUCAGAUGUACUCAAGUCAAUUGCACAGAUGAGGAAAACAUACAAAGAGCUCUGCACUGUGUUGCAGGACAUUCACAAAACAAGAGAGGAACUGAAUAGUCAUAUUAGCCAGAGCAGAGAUUAGAAAGCUUAAACACAAAAUAACAAAGACUAAUGCAGGACUUUGUCACUUUGGUCUUGUGUUUUCUUGUUUUGGUGGCAGAGUCCGGCCACUUGUCCUGUCCUGAAUGCACUGUUGAAGUUCCCUCAGGUUGUGCACUCAUUUCUCUUGUCUUUGUUUUUAAAGAGAGCAUGCAAUCUUGGGUGAGCUUGAGCUGUGCAUUGUUUUGUUUCUGUUUUAGCAACAGGUUCUUGGGUAACCUUGAGUUAUGUGUCCUUGAUCUUGUUUUGUCAUUUGUGUUGGUGUGGGGUUCAAUGUCACUAUCAGUGUCUUUUGUGAGUGCAUAUUUGUGAGUGCAUGGCCGGGAGUUUACAUGUACCAUGUCCUGUCCUGUGGAUGAUGUGACAAGCUCCAUUGAGUGAAUUUUGUCUGACAUUGCAUCACUGAGACUACAUGUCUCAGCUUGCACAUGCCAGUCUGCAGUCAGAUACUAUUGGGUUUGGUGGGUGGUGGUGUUGUUAGUGUCACAGAAGGCUCAAGGUUGCAUGCAGCCAUGUGCUUCCGUGUUGCAUUUUGUGUGAGUAUGCAGCUGAUGAGUGAUUUCAUGUGGUUUUAUGUGGCACGUGGUUUCGUUUUGGAAUAUAUACUUUUCUUCUUUAUACACAAUGUAAGUUCUGGGCAGAUAUAAAUAAUGGGACAGAUGUUUAACAAGAAGAGGACCGUAUACAUAUCUACUGACCACAAUACAGUGAUGUUAAAAGAGCAAGAAGCCAUUUUUGCAAAACAUUAUAUUACUCUUUUUCACAAUAUCAAACCUCUUAAGAACAGGUAAAAUAAUUCACUGACUUCAAUUAUUAGAAAUUUAAUGUCAUUUUUAUUAUUUUUUUUUAUAAUUAUUAUUUUGUUUGUGUGUAUUUAGAAAAUGAAGUUCUAGUUUCUAUUUACUUGUUGAUUCUUGAAUUUUAUAACAAUAUAAACUGUCAGCACAAAAAUGUCUAAAUAAAUCAACUUAAAACUUC